UCUGUGGUGGGUGGGGGACAUGUGGGGUGAGGUGUUGGUCUGCAGCCCUGAAAGAGUGCUGCAGGAGGAGAAAGGCACGUUGUCCCUUUGGCCGCUCCUGCAGCCCCUGUGGGAGCAAGAGCACAAAUGCAACCUCUCUCACCGUCCUUUGUCCCCAGAGUACACAGGGUUCAGGCUGGUGAACGGCAGCACAGCGUGUGCGGGCAGGGUGGAGGUCGAGGUGCUGGGGACGUGGGGGACCCUCUGUGCCUCCCGCUGGGACCUCUCGGACGCCCACGUUCUCUGUCGGCACCUCGGCUGUGGCUUUGCUGAGUCCAUUCCUAGAGGAGGGCAUUUUGGGAGAGCAGCCGGCCCCGUCUGGAGAGACUCGUUCCACUGUGACGGGACUGAAGCCCACCUGGGGCAGUGCCCGGUGACUGCCCUGGGGGCCUUGCCGUGCUCCCACGAGAACGCUGCUGCUGUCAUUUGCUCAGGGCAUGAGAAUAACUUGAGCCUCUGCAACACCUCCCUGUCCGAGAGCCCACCAUCAUCAGGACUCGUGGAGGACGUGGGGGCUGUGUGCCGAGGGAGCCGGCGGGUUCGGCUGGUGGACGGGGCUGGGCGCUGUGCUGGGAGAGUGGAGAUCUACUACCAGGGGCGCUGGGGCACUGUCUGCGACGACGCCUGGGACCUGGCCGACGCUGAUGUUGUUUGCCGUCAGCUGGGCUGUGGAGAGGCCCUGGAGGCAGCCGGCUCCGCUCGGUUUGGGGAGGGCUCCGGGCAGAUCUGGCUGGACGGCGUCAACUGCUCCGGGGCCGAAGCUGCUCUCUGGGACUGCCCUGCCGAGUCCUGGGGGCAGCACGACUGCGGGCACAAGGAGGACGUGGGAGUUGUCUGCUCAGAGUUCAUGGCCUUGAGGCUGGAGAACAGUGACGGCUGCUCCGGGCGCCUGCAGGUUUUCUACAACGGGACGUGGGGCAGCGUCUGCUCCAACUCGAUGACUCCCAAGUCGGUGUCACUGGUGUGCAAGGAGCUGGGCUGUGGGAAUGAAGGGGAACUGGAAACAACCUCAAUCUAUGCCAAGCUGCCUGGCACCGCGUGGCUGGAUCAUGUGGAGUGUGGGAAGAGCAACAGCUCCUUCUGGCAGUGUCCCUCUGAUCCCUGGCAUCCGCAGUCGUGUGAUGACCUCCGAGAAGAGACCCACAUCACCUGCAAUGGGGCUGCGGAGGUGAGGCUGGUGGAUGGUGGCAGGCGCUGUGCUGGGAGAGUGGAGGUGAAACACCAGGGUCAGUGGGGGACUGUGUGCAGUGACUCCUGGGACAAGGACGAUGCUGCAGUGGUUUGCAGGCAGCUGGGCUGUGGGGUUGCUCUUGAAGCUCUUCCGAAAGCACACUUUGGGCAAGGAUCUGGUUCCAUUUGGAUGGAUGAUAUUCACUGUAAUGGCACUGAGUCUGCCCUGUCUGACUGCACACACAAUGGAUGGGGUCAAACAGACUGCGAUCACAGCUGGGAUGCUGGAGUGACAUGUUCAGGAUUUGUCCAGCUGGUUGGAGGGGACAGCCCCUGCUCAGGAAGUGUGGAGGUCUACGAUAGGGACCAGUGGAAAGCUGUCUGUGACUCCCACUUUGGUGCCAAAGCUGCUGAGGUGGUCUGCAGGGAGCUGCAGUGCGGCACAGCCCUGUCCGUCCAUGGGGCAGCUCACCUGGGAGAAGGGGCCGGUUCUGUCUGGGACAGAGAGCUGCAGUGUGUGGGAAAUGAAUCCACCAUCCUCUUCUGUCCCAUGGAGCCUGCCAAGGACCAGCCCUGCACCCACGGCAAUGGCACUCAUGUCACCUGCACACAGUACACAGGGUUCAGGCUGGUGAACGGCAGCACAGCGUGUGCGGGCAGGGUGGAGGUCGAGGUGCUGGGGACGUGGGGGACCCUCUGUGCCUCCCGCUGGGACCUCUCGGACGCCCACGUUCUCUGUCGGCACCUCGGCUGUGGCUUUGCUGAGUCCAUUCCUGGAGGAGGGCAUUUUGGGAGAGCAGCCGGCCCCGUCUGGAGAGACUCGUUCCACUGUGACGGGACUGAAGCCCACCUGGGGCAGUGCCUGGUGACUGCCCUGGGGGCCUCGCCGUGCUCCCACGAGAACGCUGCUGCUGUCAUUUGCUCAGGGCUAGCUCGCCCCAUGUCCCUGCGGCUGGUGGGCGGAGGGAGCCGCUGCGACGGGCGCGUGGAGGUCUUCCAGCACGGGAUGUGGGGCAGAGUCCUGGAUGAGCAGUGGGACAUGCAGGAGGCCAGCGUGGUGUGCCGGCAGCUGCAGUGCGGAGAGGCAGAGGCAGCCUACACCCCUGUGAGAGCCGAGCGAGGGCUGGGCCCCGUGGGGCUGCACAGGGUGCAGUGCACAGGGCACGAGACUGACCUGAGCCUCUGCAACACCUCCCUGCCUGAGAGUGUAAUGGCAGCAGGGAUCAUGGAGGACGUUGGGGCCGUGUGCCGGGGGAGCCGGCGGGUCCGGCUGGCAGACGGGGCCGGGCGCUGUGCCGGGAGAGUGGAGAUCUACUACCAGGGGCGCUGGGGCACCGUCUGCGACGACGCCUGGGACCUGGCCGACGCCGCUGUUGUUUGCCGCCAGCUGAGCUGCGGAGGAGCUGUGGAGGCAGCCGGCUCCGCUCGGUUUGGGGAGGGCUCCGGGCAGAUCUGGCUGGACGGCGUCAACUGCUCCGGGGCCGAAGCUGCUCUCUGGGACUGCCCUGCCGAGGCCUGGGGGCAGCACGACUGCGGGCACAAGGAGGACGUGGGAGUCGUCUGCUCAGAGUUCAUGGCCCUGAGGCUGGAGAACAGUGACGGCUGCUCCGGGCGCCUGCAGGUUUUCUACAACGGGACGUGGGGCAGCGUCUGCUCCAACUCGAUGACUCCCAAGACAGUAUCACUGGUGUGCAAGGAGCUGGGCUGUGGGAAUGAAGGGAACCAGGAAACAACCUCAAUCUAUGCCAAGCUGCCUGGCACCGCGUGGCUGGAUCAUGUGGAGUGUGGGAAGAGCAACAGCUCCUUCUGGCAGUGUCCCUCUGAUCCCUGGCAUCCGCAGUCGUGUGAUGACCUCCGAGAAGAGACCCACAUCACCUGCAAUGAAAGGCCGCAGGUGGCUGCAUGCCCCAACUCCACAAGGUGCACAGACAGGGAGAAGAUCCGCACUGUGGGAGGCAAGGACGGCUGCUCGGGCAGAGUGGAGGUCUGGCACCGCGGCGCCUGGGGGACGCUGUGUGACAAUGCCUGGGACAUGCAGGAUGCCGAGGUGGCGUGCAGGCAGCUGGGCUGUGGCCCCGCGGUCUAUGCCCUGGGCCAGGCUGCCUUUGGAGAGGGGACGGGCCCCAUCUGGCUGAUGGAGUGCAGGGGGACGGAGCUGUCUCUGCAGGACUGCUGGGCCCAGCCAGGGGACAGCGGUGCCUGCCAGCAUAAGAAAGAUGCGGCUGUGCAUUGCUCAGCUCCACCCAGGACAGCAACAUCCUCCCCACAAGCAGUUCCCCCCCGGGGCCCUCUGACCACCAGCAGUGAGAGACUCUCGGUGCCUGUCAUCAUCUGCAUCAUCCUGGGGGCCCUCCUCUGCCUGCUCCUGGCCCUCCUGGCUGGGCAGGUGCGAAGCGCCAGGGCUCGGCGCAGAGGCUCCAGGAGAGCUGGGGAGCCCUUCCCUGAGGCCGUGUACGAGGAGAUUGCUUACAGCCUGGCGUGGGAGAAGCAGCCAAGGUUCAGUCUCUCAGAUGACCCUGUCCUGCCUGGAGGUGACCCAGCGGAUGGCUACGAUGAUGCCGGGGUGGUUUCUGACCCUGGGGAGGAUCCUGUCCCUGGGCAGGGGGACUGGGAUGUGCCCGGGAUUCCAGAAGAGGGAGAUGGGCCCAGGGAUGCAGCCACAGAUGCUGGACACCACCAGUUCAUGGUCACUGCAGCCAAGGCUGCCCUUCAGCUUCACAUUCCCCACCAGCUUCUCAUUGCUGCUGAGAAUGAGGUCCAGCAUAGCACUGGAUACUUCAGAGUAAAUGAAAUCUAUCAAAAUGAACUCCAAAUGAGCCGGGCCCAGCCAGACCAAGUAUACUGGGUAAAAUCUUGA